CGUGCAGUCGCAUCUCACUGAGCCCCUCGAGAAGUCCCGAUGUUAUAGUUAUUUAAAAAGACAUAUCCACUAUUAACUGCCAUUUGUCCAGUUCUCAGCACGAAAAUGAAGAAACAUAACAGCGGAAAGCCUCCGGCGCAAAAAAAUCUCCCAUUUGAAAGCUGUGUACACGACUAUGCAGAUAUGGCUAACGCUAGCAAGAACAAACGAGGGCCGACAACUCCAGCGGAAACCCCCGAUAAAACACACCUGGAGAAGAAAACGAAAGGUUUGUCUCAAGAAGAAACAAACACAGAAACCAUACUGAAUGCUAUCAACUCUCUCGGUCAACGUGUAGACGACCGCAUGGAAGAAUUUAGCACGCAGUUGCAACAGCACAGCUCCAUGCUAGCUUCUAUUGCUAAAUCGGUGCAGUUCAAUGCAGAAGAGCUAAAAGAGUGUAAAACGAAAAUAAAACACCUGGAAAAGAAAGUGGAGACACUGACUAAAGAAAAUGAAGACAUGAGGGGUCGAGUACUGAAUAAUGACAGAUACAAAAGACGGUGGUGCUUGCGCAUCAAAGGGAAAAAAGAAACGGAUAAUGAAAACAUAAGAGAGGAGGUGGUGGAGCUUCUUCGCAGGAUUGCACCGGACCUGGCGGUAAAGUUGGAUGAAGCAGUCGACGUUGUCCACAGAGUGGGAAGAAGGAUGGACAACCGGCAACGACAAAUAAUCAUUUUAUUUGUGCGACGAGCAGUGAGAGAUGACAUCUGGAGGCGAACAAAAACUUCUCCAAUCUGCAAAGAAGAGGGGAUUCGUUUUACUGAAGAUCUGACUCAAGAGGACUGGCGUUCCAGACAGGCUCUCUGGCCCAAAAUCGACCAGGCUAGAAAGGAAGGAAAGGCUGCAGGCUUCAGGGGCCCGUUUGGAUUCAUCGAAGGCAAGCGUAUUAUAGAGGAGAUUUAAGUUAUGGGAUGAAACUAGUGCUUAAAAUGAAUACAUAGUGGAUCAGUUCGGGUGAUGGGACUUCUACCUCAAAGUUUUUACUCCACCUCCCUACUUUUUUCAUUUUUUUCUCUUCACAAAAAGUUCAUUUGUUCAUGUGUUCUAUAUUUCAGUUAAAUACUGACCUUUCUUUUAUAUCCUUUAAUACAAGGGGACUUAAAGACUCAGUUAAGCGAAAAGCUGUCUUUUUGUUUUGCAAAGGGCAACAAGCACAUUGCACCUUUCUUCAAGAGACUCACUCUGAUAUAUCUGAUGUUAAGUUUUGGUCACAACAAUGGGGAGAUAAAAUUCUCUUCAGUCAUGGGACAAAUCGGUCGGCUGGAGUUGCCAUAUGUUUCAACAGAUGCCCUGGUAAGAUUCUGGGUGGAAAAGCAGACAAGGAGGGACAUUGGGUAGCCUGUGUUUUGGAAAUUGAUGCUAAUCUUGUUAUUCUGAUUAACAUAUAUGGUUAUAACAACGAUACCAAAAAUAGAA